CCGCAAUAGGGCGGAGAGUCAUCCCACCCCGCUAUCCGCAGGGCUGCGUUCCCAACAAAUCGGGUUUCAGCUCUUGAGCUUUGUUUAGGGCUUAGGCUUUAAUUUUCGGCAUGGCAGUGGACUGGCUCGGCUUUGGCUACGCCGCUCUGGUGGCAUCAGGAGGGGUCAUUGGCUAUGCAAAAGCAGGUAGUGUCCCAUCACUAGCUGCUGGCCUUUUGUUUGGGAGUUUGGCUGGACUGGGUGCCUAUCAGCUCUCACAGAAUCCAAAUAAUGUUUGGAUUUCUCUCAUUACAUCUGGAACACUGACUGCUGUCAUGGGAACAAGAUUUUACAACUCUGGAAAAUUCAUGCCUGCAGGACUAAUUGCUGGUGUCAGUUUGCUAAUGGUUGGAAGAUUAGCACUGAAGAUGGUGGAAAAGACCCACGAUAAGUAAUUGUUCAUUUUAAAGUUUAGUAUCUGAAUAAAGAAAUCUGAUACUGAAGUUGCAUGAAUACAGAAGCAAGAAGAUGAAACAAUUUUCUCUAUUAAGAUAAUUUUUGUCUUUUUUUAUAUAAGGAGAGAAUGGGAUGAUGGGACAGAUAGUUUACAUACAAGGUGCCAUUUGUUUCAAUGAUCUGGUAGAGCUGUUAUUGUGUAGUGAGAAACUGGUUCUGGGUUUGAGCAUUCCAGAUAAAUUUAAGUGUCUUUUAACACUCCCAGUUUUUGUAUUCCAAAAGAUGCUGUAUGUAGCAGAGAGGACCUGUAAUUAAGAAAGUAUCCACAAAGAGGCACCAGGACUUUGUGGCUAAAUCCAGCAGUGUAUCUCAUACCUUUCAUACGAAGUAUUACAGUCUGUUUUACCUGUUGAUACACCAUGGUACACUGAUACGCCAUGUCUGUGUAACACCAAACAGAUUUUACCUUUUUAUUGUGACAUUAUGGUACAAUGAUGUUUUCUACAAGUAAAAUGUCUUACAAAUCUUUGUCAUGUCUUUGUAUCUUUUCUGAGUGUAUGAGGGUAGAGGGUGUGGGACUUUUUACCUUACUGUUUUCUUCUCAGUGGAAGUCUUUGCAGUGAACUGUUAGUAUCAAAGUGCUCUUUGAAUUAUGUUUAAAAUCACUUUUUAAAUGAAGGGGCAGAAGAUUAACUAAGGGGCCUUCAUUAGCACUGCAUUAAAACUGUUUUGGAAAGAAACUUACCCUGUGGAUUGAUUAAUUGAGAUCUGUGCUAGGCUAAAUGAACAGUUGAAUGUGAUGUGGCCAAAGGACUGUAUAACUAGAAUAAAACAGCUUAACAUUAA